GCCAUGGCUACAUCCACUCCAAAGAAACGAGCGUCCCUCCCGCAACCGUGCAAGUGGGACAAGGAUAGUGGGCAGAGUGGGCAGAAGACUGGGAGGAGUGUUAGCGUCUUUAGGCCACCCAGUGUUAGCUACAGGCACGGGCAAUCUACAGAGCCUGACUAUUCCUCCGUGUCUCCCGAGUACUCCCAAUCCUCAGUGGAGACCUCCCCAGCUCAGACCAAGAUGGAAUGCAGCCAGGACUUAUCCAGUUGCUGCGUAAGCACCUGGUGAGAAGAUUCAGACGAUACGAGAGUGGAGGAGACGCGGCGAGCAGACGGGGAGUGGAAUACCUUCUGGGUCAACUACAACAACUCCAUCGCUAAGGUCCCAAUGAAGAGUUACUACGACCAGUGCCCCACGCCGUACAGAACAGAAAAUAUAGACUUGGCAGACUUAGAAUUCUCAGAAACCUCACGCAAACGCUCCCCCGAAGACUUGAACAACAUCAGCAGCAUCAUCAAAAACGAGGGUCUCCACCUCACGCCGCGAGAGACGCAGAACAUCAUCAAGUGUGCCCACAUACUUGGCAACGUGCUGAGUAAAGCUAUAGAGAGGAGGAGUAGGGAAAAAGAACCGGAUAAAGUGCAGGAAGUUCAUCCUGAGCCUAAGGUCGACGCCGAAAAAGAUCAGAAGAAAAAAUCAAUGACACUAGACCUGAAAGAGACAAAUAUACCCGCCGAAGUUAAGGAGGAAAAGAGAAGCGAAACCGUAACCACACAAACAGAUAUCUCCCUACCGAACACAAAGAGCGCGCCGAGAAUAUUUGAGAACAUUCUCAGGCAGUUGUCGAGAAGUUCCAUAGACGAGGGGUCUUUGAGAAAGGCGAAGGAGAGCUUGGAAGUUGGGAAGAAAGAAGUUGGUAAAAAGGAAGAAAUUGUUAAAAAGGAAGAAAAUGGUAAAAAAGAAGAAAAUGGUAAAAAAGAAGAAAAUGGUAAAAAAGAAGAAAAUGGUAAAAAGGAAGAAAAUGGUAAAAAGGAAGAAAAUGGUAAAAAGGAAGAAAUUGUUAAAAAGGAAGAAAAUGGUAAAAAAGAAGAAAAUGGUAAAAAAGAAGAAAAUGGUAAAAAAGAAGAAAAUGGUAAAAAAGAAGAAAAUGGUAAAAAGGAAGAAAAUGGUAAAAAAGAAGAAAAUGGUAAAAAGGAAGAAAAUGGCAAAAAGGAAGAAAAUGGUAAAAAUGAAGAAAUAGAACGAAAGGAAGAGAAAACUGAGGUGAUAUAA